AUGGCGGCGACAGACGGUGGUUUGAAGACGGACAGCCGGCAUGUUAAGCGGCUGAUUCUUAGCGCCGAUGGAAUCGCCAGGUCGUCAAGAGCCGUGGGAACGUUCGCUAUAAACAGCAUUGACUACAAGGUGUCGGCAUUGGCCAACUCCCUGGAUAAGCUCAAAACAGAAGCGCCAGCCGAAUAUGCCCGGAUCCGGUCAGAGAUCCAUCAGCGAUCAGCGGACAGGAUCUUACGGCUGUGUGAGGCAAAUCGCGGCAUUUACAUCAAGGCGGGGCAGUUCAUUGCAACUCUGCAGCAGCUGCCUCGGGAAUACCGGACGACCCUCACUGUGCUGCAAGAUCAGGCUAAGGGUCGUCCGUUCAAUGUGAUUGACCGCGUUUUUAAGGAGGAAUUCGGCAAGAGUGCUAAGGAGAUUUUCAUGCAUUUCGAGGAGGAGGCGAUAGCAGCGGCGUCACUGGCCCAGGUGCACCGAGCGACAUUGCCGUCAGGGCAAGAAGUGGCUGUGAAGGUGCAGUACCCACGCCUGGAGGAGCAAGUAGCAACGGACAUCUACACCAUGGGCUUCCUCUCCCGGGCCGUCAAGUGGAUAUUUCCAAACUACCAGUUCAGCUGGAUCGUGCCUCAAUUCCAAGAGAACCUUCAGCAGCAACUGGACUUUGAGAGGGAGGGGCGCAAUGCAGAGCUGACAGCGGAGAACUUUGCGCACAAGGAGGAGGUCAAAGUGCCCAAGAUCCUGUGGGACUUCACCACCAAGAGAAUUCUGACAAUGGAGUUCAUGAAUGGCUGCAAGAUUGACGACUUGGAAGGAAUCAAGAAGCAGGGCCUCAAUCCUCUAGAGGUGGCAGCGCUGCUGGUAGAAGUGUUUGCAGAGAUGGUCUUUUGCCACGGCCACCUGCAUGGGGACCCCCACCCAGGCAAUGUGCUCAUUCAGGCUCAUGCACCCGGCACCACCAAGCCUGGGCAGCGGAAGUUUGACCUUGUCCUGCUCGACCACGGCUUGUAUAGGGAGAUGGACGACGGCUUUAGGAGGGACUUUUGCCAGCUGUGGCGCUCACUCAUUCUAUCGGACAUGAAGGGGGUGCAGCAAUGGGGGGAGAAGCUGGGCGUGGGGGAAUACUCAAAGUUUCUCCCCGCGCUCUUCACAGCAAGGCCCUUCCAAAGUAAAACGCGGUGGGGGCAGCGCAUGUCACCGGAGGAGGAGAAGAGUCUGAGAAGGGAGAUCAAGGCCAUCAGCCCACAGGACCUGACGGCGGUGGUGGAGGGGUUGCCUAAAGACAUGUUCCUGGUCAUGCGCACCGACAAUCUCAUUCGGCAGCACAUCACAGCGCUGGGGGCAACGCCCAAGCUGAGGCUGCAGAUCAAUGGGCGGUUUGCUGUAGCGGGGCUGGCUGUGAAGCACUCGGAGGAAGGCCACCUGACAUCCAACCUGGCCGCACACCUGAGAGCACAGCUGGACUUGGCGCAUCUGAUGCUCAGGAUUCGGGCGUGGGAGGUUGCGCAGACAAUAAUCGACCUAGUGGUUCACGUAAAGCGUUAUUUGGAUUUGGAAUACCUUAGUCAACGGAUUCAACACAUUCACGGAGGUCAAGACAAGCUGGUAACGCACAGUGGAAGAGGGCUCGAGGCGCGUAGCACUGUUGCGGAGGAGCCCAGUGUAACUCAGCGAAUUUCGCAGCGGAAUGAUGACGGCACGUCGCCAGACUCGAGAGUCUUUGCGCGGCACGACUGCGAUAACCUAGGGAUUUCCGCGGCUCGAGUUACGGACGAAGCUUCGCGCCGCGUGCAGCUCGAUCAGAAUCUAUUCGAGCUCCUACACCAAUCGAAUUCUUUCUUCGCGUCGCGGUCUCUCCUCGUGGCGGCUGCGUCGCUGACAGCGGCGGCGGCGCUUGUCUUCUUGCACGUAGACACCGCCGCAGCCGCCGCAGCCGCUGCUGACGCCACGGCCGCCGCCUCAGCCGCCAUUUCUGGUGACGACGCGGUUGCCGCCGCCGCCACGUGGACCAAUCCCCUUCAGCAGGUCGUGGCAGCGGUCGAGCAAGGCGGCGACGCGGCGGGACCGCUAGGCGGCGCCGUCUAUUUCGCUGCCGCGUACGCUAUCGCCGCGGUGCUUCUAGUCCCCGCGUCCAUCCUAACUCUCGCGUCGGGUUACCUCUUUGGAGCCGCGCGCGGCACGGCGAUCACUCUAAUCGCCGCGACGCUCGGCGCGUCCGUUUCGUUUCUCAUCGCGCGGUACGCGGCGCGGCCGUUCGUGGCGCGGCAGCUCGCGAGGCGGCUCGGGGAAGGGCGGUUCGAGGCGCUGGAUCGCGCAAUCUCAGUGGGCGGGUGGCGAAUCGUGCUGCUUUGUCGCCUGUCGCCCAUCUUCCCAUUUUCGAUUUCAAAUUACGUGUUCGGCAUCACAGGCAUCGGUUUUUUCGAGUACGUGGCUGCUUCAUCCCUAGGCAUGCUUCCUGCAACCUUUGCCUAUGUCUACCUGGGAGGAGCAGGCCGAGUGGCCCUCGAUGCGGUUACCGAUGCAACCGUAACCACCACUGCCGCUGCCGGUGCUUCUGCUGGUGCUGGGUCUGGGUUGGAUCCGGUGCAGAUGGGUUUGUAUGUGGUGGGGGCGGUGGCAACGCUGCUGGUAACCAGGGAGGUGUCGUCCCGUGCGACUAAGGCUCUGGAGGAAGCUGCUGCAGAAGCUUCUGCUGAUGCUGCCAGUGCUGCUGGUUCUGUUGCUGCGGCUGAUGGGAGGGUAGCUAAGGAGGAAUGA